CGUCGAAAUUUUAAGCAGUGAAAAUUAUAAAAUACAUGCAUUAAUAGUGUAAAUUAUCUGAUAAAUAUAUUAAAAAAGUGUGAUUCUAUAAACAAUUUAUAAAAUUUAUAUAAAUGUAAGUAGGAAAGUCUAUGAGAAGUGCGUUAAUUUUGCAAUUAAAGAAUUGCAGUUUGUAAAAUUGAGCGAAUGAAAAUUUUACAACCAAAUAAAAAUCAAAGAGAAAAAAGCGUAUUACAAGCAAGAAAGCAGAAGAAGCGAGAAAAUUGUAAGAAAUAAAUAAUAUAGUCUUAAGAGGUUAAAAAAAAAGAAAAGAGGCAAGUUAGAAAAAAACGCGUACGUGCCGCUUGUGUGGCGUAUACAGAAAAAACGUAUAGCUGGAAAAUAAAAAAAAUAAUUUCUUUAUUAAAAGACAAUUAAAAAUAAGUUUUAUAAAUAUCUAUACACCUACAUAUAUAAAUCAGUAUAAAUCAGUAUACUUAAGAGUGAAAAAUUGUGCACUUCUAUUACAAUGAGUGUCGCUGCAAUGACUAUGGACGAUCAAAGACCUUUGAUGAACAGUUAUGACAAAAUGUCAAGUAAAUACGAACAAAGCAUGCAUGGUGUCGGAGGCAGUGGCUCAGGUGCGCCACCCUCCGGGCCCGCAUCGCCUACACCAUCUGGCUCAGAGGAGCCCACAUCGCAUCCAUAUACGCACCAUCAUCAUCAUUCGCACCACCAUCACCAACAUCAUCACCAGCAUAGCGUCGCUGCGGCAGAACAGCGCCAUCGUUUGUUAGAAGAAGAAAUCGAAACUCUUAAACUGGAGCAAACACGAUUACAACAACUACACUCCGACGCACAACGUCGGGAGAAAAUCCUCAUGCGACGUUUGGCGAACAAGGAGCAGGAAUUUCAGGAUUAUGUGACAUCGAUUGGUAGUCAUCUCAAAGGCAAUUUCGAUAGAGUCAUGAAAUUCAAUUUGUUUCUUAUUUUUGCCAUUUUGGCUUUCCUGACCGUAUCUUCAUAUGGACAAGAUACGACAGUUUCAUCAGAAGAAACAACUGCAGCUCCAAGUGAAGACACAACUGUAGCUGUGACUGAUGCACCUGUCGAUGAAACCACCACUGUAGUUGUUACCGAAGCGCCUACUGAAUCAGAAAGCACUGCGGCACCAUGCGGAGGAGAUAGAGGUCACCGAGGACAUCACGGACAUCACGGAGGUAGAGGCGGACGUGGUGGCAGAGGUGGACGAGGUGGUAGAGGACGUAGAGACGGUAGACGCGGCAGAGAUAACCGAGGCAGACGUGGUGGCAGAAGCAUUGGCCGUGGACGCAGAAACUGA